CCUUUAUUUGCUUGUCCGCCAUCAUUAAACCAUCGAUCAAUGAAGAUAGGCAGAUUCACAGCAUUACAAGGAACCGUAUGGUUGUUUUGAUGCAAAAUCUGUUAUAUUUCCUCAAAACCCUAUCACCUCCCUCGCUCAAUUUAUAUUCAAAACCCUCGUCAACUUCUACUCUUUACCAGUUUAUACCCUGCCUCCGAUCUCACAAAUCCGCUUCGAAAUCAGGCUGUUCUACCAAAUUACCAAUGUCAUCGUCGGCAACGAUAAAGUUGCCGGCGCCGCUUAUAGAAGAUGGCCAAGGUAGCAGAUUUUGGAUCAAGUUCAGAAAGGAGUGGACACAAGCUCUGUAUACCCCAUUUAUGGUCUGUUUGGCUGCCGGAAAUCUCAAACUCGACACAUUUCGCCAUUAUAUCGCGCAGGAUGUACAUUUCCUUCGUGCCUUUGCGAAAGCGUAUGAAAUGGCUGAGGAGUUUGCUGAUGACGAUGAUGCAAAAGUUGGAAUUUAUGAACUGAGGAAAAGUGUUCUUGAAGAGCUGAAAAUGCACGAUUCAUUUGUGCAACCUACCCCGACUUGCUUGGGACUAAAAGGCUAUGUUGUUGUUGUUGUUGUUGUUGUGGAUGAGUGGGGUUUUGAGUUUCCUAAAGAGAAUACUCCAAAUGCUGCAACCGUUAAGUAUACAGAUUUUUUACUGGCGACAGCAUCAGGAAAGGUUGAAGGAGUAAAAGCUCUGGGUAAACUAGAUACUCCAUUUGAAAAAACAAAAUUGGCAGCGUAUACUCUUGGUGCUCUGACACCUUGUAUGAGGCUUUAUGCCUUCUUGGGAAAGGAGUUGCAGGCGUUUCUUGACCCUGUUGCAGGCAUUCAUCCAUAUAAAAAAUGGAUCGAAAAUUAUUCAUCUGAUGUUUUUCAGGCAUCAGCUUUGCGAACGGAAGACCUGCUGGACAAGUUGAGUGUUUCUUUAACUGGAGAAGAACUUGAUGUUAUUGAAAAGCUCUAUAAUCAAGCUAUGAAACUGGAAAUUAAUAUUUUCCUAGCUCAGCCACUUGCUCAGAAAACCGUUGUUCCUCUAUGCAAAGAGCACAAUCCAGGGGAACAUUGUCUCAUGUUGUUUUCUGAUUUUGAUUUGACAUGCACUGUUGUGGAUUCAUCUGCUAUCCUGGCUGAAAUAGCAAUUCUAACAGCCCCGAAAUCUGAUCAAAGUCAAUCAGCAAAUCAAGUUGCUCAAAUGUCAUCCAUUGAUCUAAGAAGUACGUGGGCAGAACUUUCUAAGCAGUACACUGAAGAGUAUGAGCAGUGCAUAGAAAGUGUCUUGCUUCCCAGAGAAGACAAAUAUUUGUCUGAUGGGAAUUCUUCCACAGGAGGAAAUUUUGAUUAUGAAGGGCUCCGUGGAGCACUUCAACAACUUUCGGAUUUUGAGAAGAAGGCAAAUUUGAGGGUGAUUGAUUCUGGAGUACUGAAGGGUCUGAGUCUUGAUGAUAUAAAGCGAGCUGGAGAACGCCUAAUUCUCCAAGAUGGCUGUAAAGAUUUCUUCUCGAGUGCUAUUAGGAAUGAAAACUUGAACACAAACAUCCAUGUCCUAUCCUAUUGUUGGUGUGGUGAUCUCAUCAGAUCUGCCUUUUCCUCAGGUGGUUUAGACACUGUGAACGUUCAUGCGAAUGAGUUCAUCUACGAAAACUCUCUAUCCACGGGCGGAAUCGUCAAGAAAGUCGAGUCUCCAAUCGACAAAGUCGAAGCUUUUGCUGAAAUCUUAAACAAAAUGGCCAAGGAUUGGAAGAUUCUGAGCUUAUAUAUCGGCGAUUCAGUCGGUGACUUACUAUGCUUGCUCGAAGCCGACAUAGGUUUGAUUGAGAAACAGAAACAAUUCACUGAGGAUAGUGUUUCUAACUGGAAGGGUCUCUCGGGUGUCUUAUAUACAGUUUCUUGCUGGGCUGAGAUUCGUGCUUUUAUCCUGGGCUCAUAG